AUGUCGACCACAACAGUUGAAUUAGCGACGGUGACAUCGACCGACGUCGAGCUGCAAGAGCUUCAGGGCCGUCUUGUUGACACGCCCGACAUCACCACGCUUGGCCAACUCCUCAAUCGCAAGACACGCCAAACACGUACCUUCCAUAAAACACAAAACGAACACAUUGCUCGACUGGUCGAUGUUGCACGGGAUCCGACCGCAACUCGACUAGCUGAUGAACGGCCAGACAGAUCAGCUCUCCACGUCAAGGCCGCUAUCUACUUCUCAAUCUAUGGCACCAUUCUCGUUGCGGGACUCCAGAUUUACGCUGCAGUCUCGACUCUUUCUUUGUCGCUUUUUGUCACGAUGGCCGAGAGUUGCUGCGAGGCCAUUAGCAACAUCGGUCUCAAUUAUCUCCAUCGAAGGUCCAAAAAGCUAGGCGGGUCUGUGCGAUGGCCAGCAGGUGCAGAAAGGCUGAGCAAUGCUGGUAACAUCUGUUUCGCGUUCGCCCUCAUGGCUGUCUCUCUGGUCCUUGUGGUCGAGUCCAUCCGCGCCCUGGCUAGUGAUGGUCAUGAAUUGAGCAAGUUUCACGUAGAGGCCAUCAUCGCGGCUGCCAUUGGUUUUGGAAUCAAGCUCUUUCUCGCUGUCUACUGCUUCAUCUUCCGCAAGCACAGCAGUCAGCUGGAGAUGCUUUGGGAAGAUAAUCGCAAUGACUGCUUCGAAUAUGGAUUUGCCAUCUUUACCUCUGCGGCCGGGGCCAAAUUGAAGUGGUGGGUAGAUCCAGCAGGCGCUAUGCUCAUCGCUUGUGUAAUCAUCGCAACCUGGAUCGCAACGGUGCGCUCGGAGUUCUUGCAGCUCUGCGGUCUCGGGGCGCCAGCAAACGUAGUUCAGGAACUCAUCUUCAUCACGCUCCGUCACUCUGACCUGAUCCUGAAGGUGGACUCAGCCAAUGCAUAUCAUUGGGGCGAAAAUCUCUUUGUCGAAGUCGAUAUCGUGAUGUCGCCAGAUUGCAGCCUCCGCCAAGCCCACGAUGUCUCACAAGCACUUCAAGACAAACUUGAGACGGUCGAGGGAGUUGCUCGAGCUUUUGUCCAUGUUGAUUACGGUAUGUACCUUACCACCAUCAUCAUCAUCAUCAUCAUCAUCAUCGUCAAAGUCAAGGCUGACAUUGAUACUCAUCUCUAG